AUACGAGGAUAAAUAUGUUUGUGUGGAGGAAACGUGUCUAUCCUCAGCGUCGUACUCUGUAACACAGAAGACAAAUAUAUUGUUAACCCAUAUCCGCAGUUUAAAUUAAAAUGUCGGUCAUGGCUGCUGAGAGUGUAAAGGGAACUUCGCCUCUAAGCAGCGUGGGAAGUACGCAGUUCGGAGAAGACAUCAGAGAGAAGGAAUUCUGCAUGAGGAAAGGGGCGACUUUUAUCAACCAUGGUUCAUACGGCAUGGUGCCUCGACGUGUCAAGGAACUUCAGAAAAGAUAUUUAUACGUGACGGACGAACACCCGGAUGACUGGUUCCAGAGAAAGAGCGAGAGGCUGUGGAUGGAAGCAAGGGACGCUGCAGCAGCAUUCGUCAACUCGGAGGAUGAGGACGUUUUCCUGGUCCAGAAUGCAACUACGGGUAUCAACACAAUAUUAAAGGCACUGAGGCUGAAGGAGACUGAAGCGAUCAUGGUCACAAGCAACACAUAUAGAGCCGUACAGAACACAGCUCACCAUAUCUCCAUGGGGGCACAAUUACACACGAUGGAUAUUUGCUUCCCUAUCAAAUCAGAAGAUGAAAUCGUCCAGCAGUACAUCAACUUCCUCAACGAUCACCCCAAUGUUAGGAUUGCUGUGAUUGAUCACAUCACAAGCAUCUCUGCUCUAUACCUCCCGAUUAAAAAGAUAAUUAAAGCGUGUCGGGACCACAACGUUCUUACCAUGAUCGACGGUGCGCAUGCGCCAGGACAAGUUAAGAUUGACAUGAAGGAUAUUGAUCCCGAUUUUUAUACAGGGAAUUUCCACAAAUGGCUUUACACACCCCGUGGGUGCGCUCUACUGUACAUCAAGAAAGAUCACCAAGAAUGGGCGUGUCCGUUAGUAACAUCAACCAAUCACAGUAAAAGUUUGUCUCUACAGUUCUUUAUGCAAGGGACACGUGAUGAUUGCCCAUAUUUCUGUUUACCGGAAGCUUUGCGAUUCUACAACAACAUCGGUGGAAUGGAGGAGAUAACACGUUACUGUUCACACUUACUGGACCAGGCUGCAAGUAAGAUGGUAGCGGAAUGGGGCACAGCUAAACUUCCUGUUCCUCGGGAGAUGGAAGCUCCCUGUAUGAGGAUGGUCAAACUACCAAAAUUGACUGGAUUUGCACCAUCUCAAACCGACUCAGAGCGGCUGAUGGCCGAGAUAUAUAGCCGAUGGAACAUACAGUCAACAACAGUGUGUGUGGAUGGGGAUCUGUACGCCCGACUUUCCGCUAAUGUCUACAACACGGCAGCAGACUACGACAGAUUUAUAGAAGCGAUCCGGGAAAUGCGAGAGACAUCCAAUCAGACGUCACCUGUCGUGACGCAAUUUGGACAUCCUAUCAGGGAGGCGGAGUUUUCUCUGAGGAAAGGCUCCACAUUUCUCAACAAUGCGGCAAGAGGAAGUAUUCCCAAACGAGUUCGAGAAAUUCACCUAAAAUAUAUCGACGAAAUCGAUGAUCACCCUGACGAUUGGAUGCGCAGGAAGGUACGCAACAUGUGGAUCGAAUCCCGGGAUUGUGCAGCUAGGUUCGUCAACGCUGAUCCCGAAGACGUGGUGUUUGUUCAGAAUGCAACGACAGCUUUUAACUCGAUCUUGAAGACCUACCCGUUUAAACCUGGCGAUGCCGUGAUGUUUACAGACAACUCAUUCGGAGCAUUACAGAACACGUGCCGCUAUUUAUCGACUGAUCAGAAAGGUAUGAAAGCACACACUUUGGAAAUAUCAUUUCCUAUCGACAAUGAAGACGAUUUGGUUGAGGAGCAUCGCAAAUUCUUAAAAGAUCAUCCAGAUAUUAAACUGGUUGUCGUAGAUCAUAUCACCAGUCGGACCGCUCUGAUGUUUCCCGUCCAAAAGAUGGUCGACAUGUGUAAGAAGAUUGGCGUGAUGGUGCUAGUAGAUGGAGCCAAUGCGCCUGGGCAGGUAUCUUUGGACAUGAAGGCUUUGGAUCCAGACUUUUAUUCCGGAAACUUCCACAAAUGGGCAUUCACGCCUAGAGGGUGUGGCUUCCUGUACGUCAAGAAGGCUCAUCGUCACCUCAUAAAACCACUGGUGACAUCACACAACUACCAGCAAGGUCUUACAAACGAGUUCUUUAAGCAAGGAUACCGGGAUGACACGCCGUACAUAACAUUGAAACAUGCUAUUCAGUUCUGUAAAGACAUCGGUGGAAUGGGAAAGGUUAUAGAGUACAACACAGAGUUGCUACAACAAGCAGUUGACCUCCUGGUCUCUAGCUGGGAAACACAUACAUUAGCCAUUCCAAAGUCUAUGGAGGCGCCAUGUGUUCGGAUGAUCAGACUACCACUGCUCAAGGAUUACGAUGGCAUAGCGAAGGAUGCUGUCCGCCUUGUAGACGACCUUUACGCCAAGUACGACAUACAAACACAGGCGUUUUGUGUACAAGGUCAACUGUAUCUGCGACUGUCCAUACAGGUGUACAAUGAACUGGACGACUGUAGGGCACUAAUAAGUGUAAUCAACAGUCUCCGGAAGUAGGCGUCAAUAGUGAUAUAUGUGGGGAUGACUACAGGGCACUAAUAAGUGUAAUCAACAGUCUCCGGAAGUAGGCGUCAGUAGUGAUAUAUGUGGGGACGACUACAGGGCACUAAUAAGUGUAAUCAACAGUCUCCGGAAGUAGGCGUCAAUAGUGAUAUAUGUGGGGAUGACUACAGGGCACUAAUAAGUGUAAUCAACAGUCUCCGGAAGUAGGCGUCAAUAGUGAUAUAUGUGAGUUCUGUGACGACUUCAGGAAACUGAUUGGUGUGAUAAAUAGUCUCCAAAUGAGGCAUACAUGGUGAUUCGUGUGGGGACGACUACAGGAAACAGAUUGAUGUAAUAAACAACCUCCUCCGGAAGUAGACAUAAAUGGUGAUUCACAUUGAGACGACUACAGGAAACUGACUGAUGUAAUAAACAGUCUCCGAACGAGGCAUAAAUGGCGAUUCAUGUUGGGACGACUACAGGAAACUGACUGAUGUAAUAAACAGUCUCCGAAUGUAGGUAUAAAUGGCGAUUCAUGUUGGGACGACUGCAGGAAACUGACUGAUGUAAUAAACAGUCUCCGAAUGUAGGUAUAAAUGGCGAUUCAUGUUGGGACGACUGCAGGAAACUGACUGAUGUAAUAAACAGUCUACAGGAAACUGAUCAUGAUUGAUGUAAUAAACUGUCUCGGAAUGAGGCAUAAAUGGUGAUUCAUGUUGAGACGACUACAUGAAACUGAUUGAUGUAAUAAACAGUCUCCGAAUGUAGGUAUAAAUGGUGAUUCAUGCGAGAACGACUACAUGAAACUCGGUGGCGUUAUAAACUUUAUCCGGAAAUAGACAUCAAAAGUAGUACACAUGGGUUCUACAACAAACUCUGAAAGAUACGUUUAAUUUGCCAGAAAGAGGUCGUCCAAACAAAUACCAUGUGCAGUUCCUGGUGGAAAUGAUUUUAUUUGUCGUUCAGAACUAAAAUUCCUCAUAUUUAAGAAACAAUGGUUCUUUAUAAUUAACCUGUAGAUAUGUAAUUCGGUUUAUUAUUUUCGUGUACAAACCGUCAAUUAAAUCUGCCAUAUACAGGACCAUUGACAGCAGCGAUAGUCUCUGGAAACAAACAAUAAACUAUUACAAAUCAAGCCUAACAUUGGUGAACACCCUCCAAAGCGAAACGUCGCAUGAAGGAAGCGGUCCUCACUCGACAUACAUAUCUUAACUAUUAUAUUCACACCAUAGACACUUGUAUCUGGUAAUUAACACACAGUUAAAAUAGUUUUCAAUAUGUAUUAUAUACACCCAUCAUCCACACCUUUUAAACGGGAAGACCUACCUGUAAACACUUCCAAGUUACAGAUAUGGAAUUGAAUUGGAAGCUGUACUGUAUAUAUAUCAGUUUAUAUACCCACAACACCUUCGAGUAUGUAUAGAAGAAUAAAGGUGGUCUAGAAGCUCAUAACUUAUACAGACCGAAGAUCAGAUAAAUCAGGUAAAUUAGUAACGACGUAGCGAGAUGAUGUCGAGUUAACAAUACCAGGCUACCAUAUUGCGAAUCACUUUUCUUCAAAACAUCUCGGCCAAUCGUUCCAAUUCUUGAAUCUGUAAAAAGCUGAAUAAAUUCCACGGGCACUGAUCAGUUUUCGUAGCAAAUGAUUUUGAGCAAAAUGAUCAAAUUUUGCAUAAAUAAUCACCACUUUUACGUAAUGGGUGCUUAGUGUUCAGUACAUAAGAUAUUUUCCAUAUACUAUGUACGUCCAUGGCUAAAUAGCGUUUGGCCCAAAAUGACACAAUCAAUCAAUCAAUCAUUCAAUAGUAGCCUACAGAACAAAGCUGUGUAAAGAUAUCCGAGACAUCUCGCCUAUUUAAGAAAAAUGAGCAAUUUCAAACAUUCUUCAUUUGUCUGUAAUUUAAAUUUCCCUUUUUAUGAAACGCUCAGAUUCGAAACUUUGGAGUCAGAAUGUUACUGAAAACUACGGACUGUUCAAGCACAAAUGAGGUAUAUGGAUAUAGCUAGAUUAUGGUAUAGUGUAUGUUCGUAACUAUGUAAUUACUUUUUAGGGUGACUUACCUCAUUUAAUGCUUUCUGCACUGGUGGCCGCCAUUUUGAGUUCGUGAUAAUCACCAACUUCAGACCACGUGAUUCCCCACCGUAAUUCAGUGGUGGGCGCCAAGGCCCCUCUGCGAUGUUUCAUACAUUUUGCUACUUAACUCAUAUCGACUGAGAAAUUAGGUCUUGGCUAACUAAAGGUCAGUUGUCAUAGAAAGAUGUUCAAAGGAUUGAUUCAUGAUAAAAGGUCAACAUGUCAAUUUAACCUCUUGUUUAAUGUCUGCAGAUAGAAUGUAUAUUGGAUAGGUCUUUUGUCUAUUGUCUGCAGGUCUAUUAGACCUCUUGUUUGCCAUAAGAAUAAUCAACAAAAAUCAUUGCAUGUACCAUUAUUUUAUUUAUAAUUUUAUGUACGUUUUAUAAAUUGAUAAUAUACAUAACAUUUAAUUUACAAAAAAAUGCAUGUAUUCUUAAAUAAGUAAUAAAAUAUCACAAUGAUGCUUGAUGGCUUAUCUCCAUUAAAAAGACCCGCAGAAAUCAAAGAAUGAACAAAAAUAUUGUUAAUGCUUCAUGGUCUUCAACAGAUUACCGCAGCAUGGACACUGACACCAGAGGCCUUGAUUUCUCAAAUAAAUAAAUAAAUAAUAAAUAAAUAAAUAUCAAAAUAUAUUCAACACCAGAGACUUUCAAACAAUGGCUUUUUUAUAUGUAAAUAUUUUUGAGAAUAUAUUGAAUAUUUCUUUUUGUUGAUUUUUUAAAUUCCAAAAAAAUAUUUAUUUAUUAUAUUUAUUUAUUUAAUUUAUUUUUUGAGAAAUACAACAGCCAAGUCAGGUACUAAACUCAAGAUCAGGCACUUACUAAGGCGGCUAACGAACAGUACUAAGUAAAGUUACAAACUUUGAUAGAAAUUUCAAUUCUAAAUCUCCGGCAUGCUCAUGUUCAGAAGGACUUUUGCAUACCUAAAAAGUUUAUCAAUAAAAACCAUCAGGUAAAUUUUCAUGAAAAUCUUACAAGUGGCUAACGAGACAGAUUUUCAUGAAAAUUUGUUUUUAUUUCUCUUUCUUAAAAAUCAGAUGAAUAUACAGGUACAAUUUUUUUUUUCAUGGAAAUCUACAUUUGAAAUUUACUUAUUUUUAUAUUUACAACAUUUUGUGUUCACAUAUAGGAUAAAACAUAUACAUGAUUGUUCAUGCACAUGUAUGCUUUCUGAAUGAUCAUAAACUUGACACAGAAAAAAAAAAUAAAAAAAAUAAGAAAGUAUAUCAUUGAUGAUGCAAAACAUAUAUGCAUAUUCAUAUAUUUAUAUAAACAGCAGUUUCAGCAGUAUAUUAUCGAGCAGCAGUUUUCAUACAAUGGUGAAAAAACAGUACAAACGAAUGACUAUAUCAUUAUUUUAACAUACAUACCUCAUCAUAGAUGAGAUAUUAUGGUCAACACGAUCGUUCAGCUGGUAUGAUUUUUUUUUUUAAUUUUCAUUCAAAAUCAUUUCACAGUUCCAGGUUAUGCUUGUCAAAGAAUCUCCAAACUUGCACUUUCAUGAGUAGUAAUGAUUCGUUUGUGUUUCCUAAGAGCACUAUAUCUUUGCACAUUUGCUUUGCAUGGUUAACUUCGAUACCCUGGUAGCUAUAUGAAAAUAUUUGUUUGAAAGAAAUAAAGUUGAGAUCUUCUUGAUAAAACAAUAUAAAUUUUGAAAUUCCUAGUUUAUAGAUAAAGGGUUUUGGACAAAACAAGGGAGAUAAUUCAGCAGUAUUUUAUCAUUCAAUGGUAUUGCUAAUCUAACAAGACAUCAUUGUUUGGCCGACAUGCUGCCUAUUUUACACGAAUACAAAUUCUUUAAGACAAUUUUCGGACAGUGACAUCAUUCUAAUUAAUUAUCCGUUGAAAAACUAUCAUUUUUUUUUAAAUUUUCACAUCAUAUGCUUUUCAUAUCAAUAUUGUUUUCUUAAAAGUAAAUUCGAAUUUAUACAAAAAAUUUUCAAAUAUACAUUCCAUAUGUAUUUAAUAUCGAAUGCUAUCUUUUUUCAUGUAGUGAUGCUUUUUUGGCAGAAAAGCAAAGUAAAAAUGUAAAGAAAAUUCAAUUUGAAUUUUUUAUAUGAAAGGAUUGAAAACUAUCCCUCCCUCAUGACCCCCACUGCCCACUUCCUUCAAUAAUCUCACUCCUCAAUAUACCUGGUAAAUGGUAUACCUUCUUAGUUUUAACUACAGUCCAUCCAGAUCCCAUAUGGUCAGCUUUCAAAACGAAGCACGCAUUUAACUUAGGAAU